ACACCGACGGGCGGAGUCGCCUUUCUACGUUGCAUCGUUAUAUCGCAGGUCACCGCUUCCGCUUCGAGUCUCUUCUGUAUAGUUCUCUGUAAAAGAUGACUUGCAAACGCAGGAACGGCGGUCGCGCCAAGCACGGCCGUGGCCACGUGAAUCCGGUCCGCUGCACCAACUGCGCUCGCUGCGUCCCCAAGGACAAGGCCAUCAAGAAGUUCGUCAUUCGCAACAUCGUCGAGGCCGCUGCCGUCAGGGACAUAACGGAGGCCAGCUUCUAUCAGUCGUACCAGCUGCCUAAAUUGUACGCCAAGCUACACUACUGCGUCUCCUGCGCCAUCCACUCCAAAGUGGUGCGAAACAGGUCCAAGGCAGACCGUCGCAUUAGAACGCCUCCUGUCCGCAACUUCCCGAGGGAUCUGCGCCAGGGUCAACAGAACAGGAAAUAAUUAUGUAAACUUUGAUAUAAAUAAAAAUUUGUAAAACCAA